UUAUACCUAUCGUGAAUUUCUACUGAUAUUAGCCAGCCUUUCAAAGCUAUAAACUUCAUCAGUUCUGUUGACUUCAGGUUCGACUUAAAUUCUUACAGAAACAAGCAUCCGAAGAGUACUGCUAAGCAGUACACAACUACUUACUCAAAAAACAAUCCAUUAAGAACAUCUCGACUGACGACUAUUUCCCAAGGCCCAACCCCGGCCGUGUUUUCCUUUUUUGCUUUGCUGUGAGUCCAGUCAGUGAGUGAGUGUUUGUCGAGGACGGAAGACGAAGAAGGAGCCAGGGAGCGAGAACCGGAAUCCCUCCUCUCGCAUUCUCCAUCCAACGUCGUCGCGUUGAAGUCGCAGGACUUCAGGACUCUUGGUGCCGCCGUCGCUACGAGAAGGAAAGGACGCAGCCAUGAGCUCGCCUGAUAAUUCCAAGUUUUCUGUCACCCGGGUUGACGUUGAUGAUCCAGCGUUCACAGCCGACGACUCUGUCACCCCAAGAGGCCGGCCUCCGUCCAUAGACCUGAACGACCCAAGUCUGAAGCGCGGUUCCAAUCAGUUCACGCCGCUCGGCGAUGACAGACAACACCGCGGAAGCAUCACAUAUUCCACCUUCUUGUCUCUGCGUCGCAUGACCCGAGAAGCCCUGCCAAACCUCGACCACUACAGGAACUUGUCCAGCAUCGUCAACGGGUCCGGCCCUUACAGCCAGAGGCCGACGCUAGAUGACCUCCACCAACCCGGUGUGGAUAAGGACCGGCUGGUGAAGGAAAAACCAGGACAUGGAGGGGGUCAAGCUGAUCUUAGCGAUAAAUUCGGAUGGAUCAGAGGUGUCUUCAUUAGGUGUCUCCUCAACAUCUGGGGAGUCAUUCUCUUCCUCCGACUCUCUUGGGUCACUGGACAAUGUGGAAUAAUACAAGCUAUACUCGUUGCAACAUGCGGCAACCUCGUCACCUGCAUCACAGCCUUGUCUAUGUCUGCCAUUUCCACCAACGGUAUCAUCAAAGGCGGUGGGACGUACUACAUGAUCAGUCGCUCCCUGGGACCGGAAUUCGGCGGCGCCAUUGGUCUCGUCUUCUCUCUGGCCAACGCGGUCAACGCCGCUAUGCACACCGUGGGUUUCUGCGAAUCUAUGAAUGACCUCCUGAAGUCGCAAGGCGUCCAAAUAGUCGACGGAAGCGUGAACGACAUCCGUAUCGUCGGGGCCAUCACGCUGAUAUGCCUCACGGCCAUUUGCAUCAUCGGAAUGGCUUGGGAAAAUAGGGCUCAGCUAGUCUUGCUAGUCGUGCUCAUUGUGGCAAUCUUGGAUUUCAUAAUAGGAGCUUUCAUCGGUCCAAUGAGCGACGAAGAAAUUGCCAAAGGAUUCGUUGGUUUGAACGGUACCGUGUUCAUGGAUAAUCUAUACUCGGAUUAUCGCAAGGAUGACGUCGGGCUGCAACAGUCCUUCUUCGUCGUCUUCAGUGUUUUCUUCCCCGCUUGUACCGGUAUCAUGGCUGGAGCCAAUAUCUCUGGCGAUCUGAAGGACCCCUCCAGCGCCAUUCCUAAGGGCACGCUCCUGGCCAUCGCCGUUUCGUACUCUUCCUACUUGGUCUUCAUCUUGCUCAGCGGCGCUGGAGUUGUCAGGGAUGCCACUGGCGACGUGUCACAGGUGGCAAAUUGGACUUUCACGAACUGCACCGACAUCGAAUGUGAUUACGGCUUACAAAACAACAAUCAGGUAAUGGAGCUGAUGUCCGUCUUUGGCCCUCUGAUCUAUGCUGGAUGUUUCGCAGCCACUCUGUCUUCAGCUCUUGCUUCUUUGGUGUCUGCUCCAAGAAUCUUCCAGGCCCUUUGCAAGGACAAGUUGUAUCCCGGCAUCGAAUUCUUCGGCAAAGGCUACGGCAGCAGCGACCAACCUUACAGAGGCUACGUUUUGACAUUCAUCAUCAGCCUCAUCUUCCUCCUUAUUGGUCGUUUGGAUUCCAUUGCGCCAAUCAUCACCAACUUCUUCUUAGCUUCUUAUGCCCUGAUCAACCUCUCCACAUUCCACGCUUCCCUACAAAAGGGUCCAGGCUGGAGGCCGACUUUCAGGUACUACAACAAGUGGCUGAGCUUGGCCGGAGCCUUGUUAUGCACCUCCAUCAUGUUUCUGAUUCAGUGGUGGACCGCCUUGCUGACUUUCAUCAUCAUCUUACUGUUAUACGUUGUCGUUCAGUACAGGAAACCAGAAGUAAACUGGGGAUCAUCGACGCAAGCUCAAACGUACAAAUUGGCCCUGAAUUCCGUGACGUCACUGAGCCAUAUCGAGGAGCACGUCAAGACCUAUCGUCCUCAAAUUUUGGUCCUGAGUGGCAUGCCCUCCUCUCGCCCACCUCUGCUACACUUUGCCAACGCCAUUACGAAAAAGAUGUCGUUGCUCAUUGCAGGCCAAUGCUUCCCCGUGCAGCAGUCCUACAGGGUGAAGCAGCAGCUGGUGCACGAGGCAACAACUUGGUUAGAUAACAACAAAAUCAAGGCCUUCUAUGCCUGCGCCGACGGACCUUCCAUGGACAUGGCAGCUAGAUCGCUCAUGACCAACGCCGGCAUCGGGAAACUUCACGCCAACACCGUCCUCAUGGGCUUCAAGGCUGACUGGAGUACUUGCUCCUCCGGUGAUCUAGACGCCUACUUCAAAACUAUCCACUACGCCUUCGAUUUGCAUCUGGCAGUGGGCAUCCUCAAGGUAGAAGGAGGUCUGGAUUACAGCUCGAUCGUUGACAGUUUACCCGCAAAGAUCAAACAAAUUAAAUCGAGUGUUUCAACUUCCCCUGAUGGACCACAAAAGUACCAAAAUUACAGCAACGAAGUCUCCCUUGACGACGAGAAUCCCGGGCUCGGACAACAGCCAAAGAAAGAAGAGAACAAAGACGCGACGCCAAAGUCGAUAGAUGCCAUGCUUAGAUUCAACGUUAAACAGCCCAAGGGCACCAUUGACGUCUGGUGGCUCUUCGAUGACGGAGGUCUGACACUUUUGCUCCCAUACAUACUGACAACCAGGGCCCACUGGUCAGAGUGUUCGCUUAGAAUCUUCUGCCUGGCUAACAAUAAGGACGAUUUGGCGUCAGAGCAACUGAGGAUGACUGAGCUCUUGUGUAAAUUCCGUAUUGACUUCAGCGACGUCAUCAUGAUUCCUGACAUCCAGAAGAAGCCAAAGGAAGAAUCGCAGAAUGAAUUCAAUAAUCUCAUCAAUAAAUUCAAGGUCGAUGAAGAACAGAACGGAGCAACAGGAAUCGAGUGCAUCACCGAAGCCGAACUGAUAGCGUUACGUGAGAAGACUAACCGCCACAUCAGACUGCGCGAGCUGCUUCUACAGCAUUCAAGGAAGGCGACGAUGGUCGUCAUGACUCUGCCAAUUCCAGUUGUCGGGACUGUGUCCGCGCCUUUAUACAUGGCCUGGCUGGAAACCCUCACCAAAGACAUGCCUCCUUUCUUGUUAAUCAGAGGAAACCAGUCGUCUGUGCUGACCUUCUACUCUUAAAUAUAGAUAGGACAGCGCACGACGUAACAUUUCACGAUUGUAGAGUUCACAACCUGUGUCACUCGACUGAUCUGGAGUCAGUUGCCAUUUGUGGCAAUGAAGCGCAUCACCUCAUUUCUUUCGACAGUUUUAUUUUUAUUUUUUUCAUAUAAAUCCCAUUAUUCUCGUUUAUUCAUCACAUUCACAGAUGAUCAACCAAUGACCUAAAACUCUUCUUUCUUCUCUCAUGUACAGUAGUUUCAUAGACGGCAGAGGAAAGAAGUUAUGCUUUGUAGUGUGUGUGUGGUAAUGAAGUUCUCUGGUCUCAAGACUUCAUCGGUAGCUGUAGAAUCACUAUUUCCCGUUUUUCGUAAUACAUUAGUUCCUAAAUUUUGGUUUGCUUAUGAAACGUGGCGUCUCUUCCGCUCAAAACUGAAAGUUGAAGUAACUUGAGAGCAAUUAGAACAACUCUCCCAGUAACCUCUUCAGUAUACAAGUAAUUGCGCCUCAGUUUGGGACCAACGAUCUACUAAACCGUAUUAUCUUUUAAAUUAAGUUUAAGGCUAAAGCGUUAUUUCUACCUAUUAUCUCCAAAACACGAAAAUGGUCCCAGGAAUUUAAAGACAUAAUAGAUAAAACAUUGCUUCUUCUUUCUGUCAAUGUUAUAAUGUUCAACGUCGCCUUUGUAUCUUUUAAGAAGUUUAUUAACCAAUAAAAUGUCUUGAUGACA